AUGUUUCUUCAUGUGGCAAAAAUAUCAGAGGAGAUGGAAGAAAUCGGUGAAGCUUUGUUUGUGAAGUAUGUACUGGUUAAAUUGCUGCCCCUUGCUGAUCAGUCUAAUCCUUUUAAUGAGGCUAGAUGUGACCCCCUUUUCACAGAAACAUACCUGUUUGGAAUAAACUGGAGUAAGGAGGUCAGCCACAACUCACUCGGAGGCCUUAAAAUAGGCCUUAGCGGCCGGCGGCGCCAGGCCGCCCUUCCACGAGCAGCAGCGCGCAGGCAGGCUUGCGCGGGCCCGGCAGGCAGCCAGCGGCCCGCGGGGACGGCCCGACUGCGCCUGCUGCCGCCGCUCACCCCCGGGGAGGGUUUUAAGGCACCGGGUCAGGCUUUUGAGGCGCAGAAACGCGCCGCGUCGCAAGCAGCGACAGCAACGAACCCCCAGCUUCGGGAAGAAGGGCAGCUCACGGGCAUUAAAAACGCCCACCUUAUUUAUCGCAGCCUCCCCACCGCCGCCGACCCGCAUACGGGAGGCGGCCGGGCGGCUACCCGCUCCGGGCGGCUCCCCCCGCCGGUGCGCCCGGCAGUGCCCCAAUCGCCCGCCCCCCCGCCGGAGGAGGCGGCUGGCGGCGGGCCAGCGGCGCCGAAGGUAUUAAUAGAAGGCCGGGAGGCAGCGGCCUGGCGGCUGCGGGUGUGCGAGGCGAAGGCUGCGGGCUCGGCUUGGCUCGUUAUUUAUCUUACAGUUGGUAUUUGCAAACAGGAGAUGCUCCAGAAGAAGAAUAAUGCUGUUUUGGUGGAUGGGGUCAUCCUAAACGGUCCGAUAACAGACUCAAAAGCAGGAGAGAAGUUUGUGGAAGAAGCCUGUAAGAUUGUAAUGGAAGAAGUCAUCCAGAAAGCGGAUGAUGUAACAGAAAAGGUUUGUGAAUGGCGAGCUCCUGAAACACUGAAGCAGAUUCUUGACCUGGAAAUGAGGGACACCGGAGAAUCUCAUCAGAAACUCUUGCAACUCUGCCGGGAUGUUAUACAAUACAGCGUCAAAACCAGUCAUCCAAGAUUUUUCAAUCAGCUGUAUGCUGGAAUAGAUUAUUACUCGUUAGUGGCUCGUUUCAUUACUGAAGCACUGAACCCAAGUGUAUAUACAUAUGAAGUAUCCCCUGUGUUUCUGUUGGUGGAAGAAGCAGUCAUCAAGAAAAUGAUUGAGUUCAUAGGCUGGGAAGAAGGUGAUGGUAUAUUUAAUCCAGGUGGCUCUGUUUCUAAUAUGUAUGCUAUGAAUUUAGCAAGAUACAAAUUUUGUCCCGACAUAAAGGAAAAAGGGCUUUCAGGUUUGCCAAGACUAGUCCUGUUCACUUCGGAAGAGUGUCAUUACUCCAUGAAGAAGGCAGCCUCCUUCCUGGGUAUUGGUACAGAGAAUGUUUACUUCAUCAAAACAGAUGAAAGAGGUAAGAUGAUACCUGAGGAACUGGAGAAACAAGUCCAACGGGCCAGGAAAGAGGGGUCAGCACCAUUUCUUGUCUGUGCUACAGCAGGCACAACAGUGCUGGGAGCAUUUGAUCCUCUGGAUAAAAUUGCUGAUAUCUGUGAAAAGCAUGGCCUCUGGCUUCAUGUUGACGCUUCUUGGGGUGGCUCAGCUUUGGUAUCGAGGAAGCAUUGCAGACUUCUUCAUGGCAUCCACAGGGCUGAUUCUGUUGCCUGGAAUCCCCAUAAAAUGCUGUUGGCAGGAAUCCAGUGCUGUGCUCUUCUGGUGAAAGACAACUCUGGCCUCCUGAAGAAGUGUUACUCUGCCAAGGCCUCAUACCUGUUCCAGCAGGACAAGUUCUAUGAUGUCAGCUAUGACACUGGUGACAAGUCCAUUCAGUGCAGCAGGCGUCCGGAUGCGUUCAAGUUCUGGCUGAUGUGGAAAGCAUUGGGAACCACAGGCCUCGAGGAGAGAGUAAACAGGGCACUGGCUUUGGCUAGAUACCUAGUGGAGGAAAUUAAGAAGAGAGAGGGAUUCCAGCUUCUUUUGGAGCCGGAGUAUGCAAACGUUUGCUUUUGGUACAUUCCACCAAGCUUAAGAAAAAUGGAGGAUGGACCUGAAUUUUGGCAGAAGCUACACCAGGUUGCUCCCGUCAUUAAAGAAAGGAUGAUGAAGAAGGGCAGCAUGAUGCUUGGGUACCAGCCUCACCAGGGCAAAGUCAACUUCUUCCGCCAGGUGGUGAUCAGCCCCCAAGUUAGUCGAGAGGACAUGGACUUCUUGCUGGAUGAAAUUGAACUGCUUGCUAAGGACUUGUAG